AUGGAGGAGAAGAAGUUCUUGAGCGAUAUGAGUCUUAAAGAUGUGGCUGAUAGUAAGCCAAAUAAGAGUUGGAGUGAUUGGGAUUAUUUGUUAGAAGUCACUAAAGCUGCGAGUCGGAAAUAUGACAGAGAAAAAGCAGCCAUGAUGCUUCAACGAUCUUGUUCUUCUUCGCAACGUCAACAAAGAUUGUUGAAAGAAAAACCUCUCAAGAAGCCCAUGAUUGAUAAUCCCUAUGUCCAUCCCGAUCACAUUAUUGACACUGAUCCAAGAUUGGCAACAAAUCAAAAAUCCAAGACCAUCAAAAAGAAGAAUGCUAAUAAGAAGGAUAAGAAGGAAAAGAAGGAGGAGAAGAAGAAGGAAAAGCAAAAGAAAAAAUGGCAUGGUCCGGAACCACCACCGAACAUGCCAUUGGGAAUGAAGAAUUUCAUCACUAAUGAGUUGCAUGGUACCGAGAUAAUUCUGGUCAUACAGAAGGCCUUGUUUGCAACCGAUUGUAGCCUCAGUCACAAUCGUUUGUCGAUGCCGAUCAAUAAAAUUAGGAAGAAGGAGUUUCUGAGAGGAGAUGAGGCAGCCUUCUUGGAGACGCGAGACAAAUAUGACCACUGUACCGUAAUACAGUGUUUGUUGAUUGAUCCAGAACUUGAGCAAUUUAUGAUAGGGUUGAGGAUGUGGGACAUGCCCAAGAGAACUAGCAAAGGUAGCUCAAUGUAUGUAUUGGCAACCCCUUGGAUACAAAUUGUUGAUAAGAACAAGUUUUGUGAAGAUGUGGUUGUCCAAGUUUGGUCAUUCCGAGUUGGUUUUGAUCUUUGCUUCGCUCUCGUUAAAGUGGCCGAUCCUCCACUUCCUCCUCCUCCUCCACCGGCAGAGGAGAAUGGUGCAAGCAGUAGCAGAAGACCUGGCUUUUGA